AUGACAUGUCAACAAAAUGAAGUAAUUAUUUUAGAUUAUAUAAGAGCUAAUAACAUUUUAAAAUAUUUAACAACACUCUCUUGUAGUUGUGGAUAUAGAUAUCAUUGUAGCCUAUGUAAUAGGAGAUGUUUAUAUUUACAAGGAAGAAAUACAAAUAUUAAUAUAACUUUUAAUAAACAUCCACUUAAUAGUAAACAAAGGAUUAAUAUAAAUGAGAAUAAAGAUAUAAAUAUAUAUAUUGAUAAUAAUAAACGGGAUAUUUCAAAUUCUAGUAUAAAUAUUCAUUCAAUUGAGACUAUAUUGAAUGAAGUGAAUAAUGAGGAAUAUCACAAUAUAAUUGAAGAUAGUUCUAUAAAUUCAAAUUCGGAUAAUAAUAAAAUAUCUGAUGAUAAGAAACAUCCUGCUUUAAAAAUGAUUGAUAUGGUUUGUAAUUGGAAUUAUCAUGAUAAACAUAAUGAAAGUGAUGAUAUUUUCAUUAAUAAUAAUUUACUUGAUAAAAGUAAUAAAAUAAGUCGAAAUAUGAAACAUACAAAUAUAAAUUCUAAUAAUUUAAAUAAGAAGAAUAUUUUAGCAUAUCCAAGUCCAUUAAUAUUUAAAGAAAAAGAUAGUAAUAUAAAAUCAACAACAAAAUCAUCUAUUAUGGGUACUAGAGCAUCUAUUGCAUUACCUGAACAAUAUUAUAUAGUCCCUAAGGCGGAAUCUUUACAAAGAUCUAUCUUAAAAAAGUUAGAUAAAUAUAUAAAGAAGACUUUUGGGAAUAGUUGUGAAAUUCAACGUAUUAUUAACAGUGAACCUUUAUAUCCUUAUUUAGUUGAGAAGUAUAUUGUGAGAUCUCGUAAUAUUAAUAUAGAUGAACUAAUAUCAAUUUCAGAUUUAUUAAUCUAUAUUGUAGAUGAUUCAUAUUUGGAUAAAUGUAUUGAUUUAAUAAUAUCCUCCAAAUUUGAUCGAAUUAUAGAUAGGAUAAAUUUUCGAAAGAAAUUAAAGCUUAAUCUGAUAUAUAUUCAAUAUGCUACAAAAUCAAGAAGUUUUAUCAAUAAUUUAGCUAGAAUAAAUUUUUCUUUAAAUUUAGAAGAUCAUAAUAUGUUACUUAAUCAAUUAUGGGGAUGCUAUUAUCCUAAUAAAAGUCAAAUAAAGUGGGAAGUUUUAGGUUUUCAACAAAGUGAUCCUUCAAGUGAUUUUAGAGGAGUUGGUAUUUUAGCUCUAAUAUGUUUAUUAUAUUUUAGUUUAGCUCAUAGUGCUGAAUCUAAAUUAAUACAUGAUGAAUGCAGUAAUUCUAAAUAUUGGUACUCAUUUGCAGUUACUGGUAUUAAUAUUACUUCAUGGUUACGUGAUUGGUUAAAUCAGAGAGAUUCACGGAUAAUACCCUUUUUUUAUACAGCUAAAACUAAUAAAGAUACUAUAACUAUAUUUUGUGAGUUAUUUUCAUAUAUUUUUCUUAAGUUUCAUCACUUUUGGAUGAAUCAGAAACCAAGAAAUGUUUUACAAUUCCCUUAUAUUGCUAAGAAAUUCAAAGAUAAUUUAAAAUUUCCGAAGCCUAAUAAUAUUUAUUACAAUAGUUUCCAAAAUUUUAAGGAUGGGGAGAAUAUGUAG